UUCCCGGCGCUCCCUGCUCUUCCUGGAUACUGAGGCGCGCGGCGGCCGCGACGAGCGAGCUGGGGUCAGCGGCGCGAGGGCUGGGGCAUCGGUCCCGGAGCCCAGGGGUACGGGCGACGUCCGGACGGACCGGCCCCGCCGCUGGAGGCCCCGCCCCCGAGGACGCCCCACCUCCUCGGUCCCAGGCUUCAGCGGUCCGCUGGGAAUCACCCGCCCCUGCCCUCCUGGGGCCUCGCGCCUGUUGGACCAACUCAGUUUGCGCCUCGUUUCUUGGCUGCUGAAGACUUAGAGUCUUUGUGCCCCCACUGAGCUGCCGGGGGCUCUCUGAAGGCCCCCAGGGGAGAGGCCCUGCCGUACUGCCCUUCCCCGGCUUCCCGGUCCCAGCUGGCUCCUGGUGAGGCCUGUCUAGGCGCUUUCCGGGAAGCCCUUCCUGCACCCCAGGGACAUGGAGGAGUUCCGGCGCACCUACAGCCGGCUGUGCAAGGAGAGUGGGGCCGAGCCCCAGGAGACUGUUCUGCAGCAAAUGCACCAGCUGCCGCAGGGCCGGCUAGACCUGGCCACACAGAGCCUGACAGUGGACACCUGCAGGGCUCUGGGCAAGCUGCUACAGAAGGAGGCACUGCUGACGGAGCUCGUCCUGAGUGACUGCAUGCUGAGUGAGGAAGGGGCCGUGCUGCUGCUGCAGGGGCUGUGUGUCAACACCAUCGUGCGGUUUCUGGAUCUCAAGGGCAAUAACCUUCGCGCCUCAGGGGCCGAGGCACUGGCAAAACUCCUCCGACAGAACAAGUCUAUUCAGAGCCUAACCCUGGAGUGGAACAGCCUGGGCACGUGGGAAGAAGCCUUCGCGGCCUUCUGCGGGGCCCUGGCAGCCAAUGGCGCCCUGCGGCAGCUGGACCUCCGCAACAACCAGAUCAGCCACAAGGGUGCCGAGGAGCUGGCUCUGGCCCUGAAGAGCAACACCAGCCUCCAGCAGCUUGGGAGUACCAGUGUUCCAGGCUGGGCCAGCCCUCCCACCCCCGCCCCGUGCUUUCCAUCUGGCAACACCAGAUUUCCCUCCAGACCUGCGCUGGAAUCACAUCGGCCUCCUGGGGGGCCGCGCCCUGGUAAACUGUCUCCCCAGCAACAGAACCCUGUGGAAGCUGGAGCUGGCUGGGAACAGCAUCCCCGGCGACAUCCUCAGAGCCGUGGAGCAAGCCAUGGAUCACAACCAGGACCGGCAGACCGCCUUCCGGGAAAGCCAGGCCCGCGCCCACGUGCUCAGCAAGGAGGUGCGGCACCUCCGGGAAGAGAAGUCCAAACAGUUUCUGGACCUGAUGGAGAUGAUCGACAGACAGAGAGAAGAGAUGGUCAGGACCAGCAAGGCGUCGGCAGCACGCGUGGGGCAGCUUCAGGAAGCCCUGAACGAGAGGCAUUCCAUCAUCAACGCUCUCAAGGCCAACCCUUCCCUCCUUGCAGGCUGCAGAUGGCUGAGGCCGCCCUGGCUCUGUCAGAGCAGAAGGCCCAGGACUUGGGGGAGCUCCUGGCCACCGCAGAGCAGGAACAGCGGAGCCUGGCACAGAGGCAGGCAAAGGAGCACAGGCUGGAGCAGCAGGAAGCUGCAGAGCGGGAGUCUAAGCUCCUCAGAGACUUGUCUGCUGCCAAUGAAAAGAACUUGCUUUUGCAAAACCAGGUGGACGAGUUGGAGCGGAAAGUGAAAUCUCAGCAGGAUCAGCUGUUCCUGACCAGGCAGGAGCUGACCAAUACGGCAGCUGAGCUGAAGAUGCGGGCUGUCCAGGCUGAAGAACGCCUGGAACUGGAGAAGAAGAGAUCCCGGCAGAGCUUGGAGGACGCGGAACACCUGCGCUUCAAGGAGGUGGAGCACAUGACUCGCCACCUGGAGGAGAGCGAGAGGGCCAUGCAGGAGAGGGUACAGAGGCUGGAGGCUGUGCGGCUGUCCCUGGAGGAGGAGCUGAGCCGGGCAAAGGCCGCGGCACUCAGUGAGCGCAGCCAAGCUGAGGAGGAGCUCAUCAAGGCCAAGAACCAAGUCCGCCUGGAGGAGCAGCAGCGCCUGGCUCACCUGGAGGAGAAGCUGCGGCUGCUGGCGCAGGCUCGGGACGAGGCUCAAAGCGCCUGCCUGCAGCAGAAGCAGGUGGUAGCCGAUGCCCAGGCGCGGGCCAGCCAGCUUGGCCGGCAGGUGGAGGGCCUGAGGCGGCGCCUGGAGGAGCUGCAGCAGGAGCUGAGCAACAAGGACCAAGAAAAGGCGGCUGAGGUGACAAGGGUGCGGCUGGAGCUGCAGGAGCAGAAUGGCCGCCUGCAAGCCGAGCUGACAGCCCAGGAAGCGCUGAAGGAGAAGGCAGCGGCCCUGGAACGCCAGCUGAAAGUGAUCGCAAGUGACCACCGGGAGGCACUGCUGGACAGGGAGAGCGAGAAUGCCUCUCUCCGUGAAAAGCUUCGCCUUAAGCAGGCCGAGAUUGCCCGGAUCCGGGAUGAGGAGGCCCAAAGGGCCAGCUUCCUGCAAAAUGCUGUUCUGGCUUAUGUGCAGGGGUCCCCCCUGAGGACCUUGAGCCCCCAAAAGUGAGGGGAGGCAGGGAAAGUCUGAAAGUGGCAGGAAGGUGGCAUCUGUUGGACGUCUUUGUCUGCUCCUCCCUUAUAAGGGACAGGCCAUGGGUAGGUCCGGGCUCUUUAGGCAGGGUCUACAGACGGUGACUUGGAAAAUCAGUGCUGGAAUGGAUGUGAGAGCAGGACGGCUGCAGCUUACCACCAGCGUGCCCGCCUGCGGGGGGUCCAGAACCUCGCUGGAGAGGGCCCCAUCCCCAUCCCCACUCCUUCAUUCCCAAUCACAAGGAAUGAUGCGCCUGAGAACACAGACCCAUGUUGGAAGGAGAUCUGGGGGAGCAGGCCUGAGCUCUCCUGGCCCCACCCACCACAGUUCAGUCACCUUUCACAACCAUGAGCUCCGCAGGCCCCAGCGCUCACUCCAGGGUGUUCUGAAAUACAGACUUUUGCAAUUUGUGAUA